AUGUCCGACUACCAGAUCUCGGUGGAGGAGCUGAACGACCUCCUGGCUAACGGGAGCGGCUGCUACAGCCUGCCGAGUGCGCACAGCAACGAGGUGGUGCCGCGCAUCCACGUGGGGAACGCGUUCAUAGCCAAGAACAUUACGAGGCUGCAGCGUCUGGGGAUAACCCAUGUUCUGAAUGCAGCAGAGGGCAAGUCAUUCAUGCAUGUGAACACUAAUGCAGAGUUCUACGAAGGCACAGGCAUCAGAUACCAUGGCAUUAAAGCUAACGAUACACCAGAAUUUAACCUCAGUCGCUACUUUGAGGAGGCAGCUGAUUUUAUUGAGAAAGCUCUUUCGCAGAAGGAUGGACAAGUGUUUGUGCAUUGCCGUGAGGGCUACAGCCGCUCUCCUACUCUGGUCAUCGCCUACCUCAUGCUUCGCCAGAAGAUGGAUGUCAAGUCUGCACUGAGUGCUGUCCGGCAGAAGCGAGAGAUUGGCCCCAAUGAUGGCUUUCUAAGGCAGCUUUGCCAGCUCAAUGAGCAAUUAGUGAAGGAGGGCAAACUGAAGCCCUAGAACAGAGCACCACUGUAUUGUUGUCAAGUUUCUCAAACCAUCAGAGGACAUCUUAGGAGGUUUAGAUUCCCAAACCCCAACCAAGCUAAUUUAAUUGAGACAGAAUUCCUUCUUUUGUUUAGUAAAAGUAUCUUCCUCAAACUCUGUAUCUGCUUUUCAAGAUGGCACAAAAAUGUGUCACUAUUUAGAGCUGCUGCAAUAAAGAGGUGUUUUUAGGGGGCAUAACUUCAGGGAUAACAGCUAUCUUCACGUUUCAGAGCCCCCUGCAGACUCCCUAGCAUAUGUGGUUUGCAUUGGUGUGAGUGUGAUUCAUUUAAGCCUUCUCUUGUAUUCUGCCAGAGCAUCGUUUUCUGAGACCCGCAUCGCAUCACAUCACAUCACUCUUCAUUGAAGUACUUUAUUUUCUACAGCUUCUUUUUCAUGCACACAGGUGCCUAAAGUCUGAGUGUUUGAGCUUCAAGGAUGAGAGAAACAUUUAAGUACAAAUGCACAGAUGCAUUCACAUGUAACACUGCAGUGUGGUGUUUAGUGCAAGAUUUACACAAUACACAGUGCAUGGUUGUAAAGCCAUUCAGAUCCCAGACUCGAUGCACGCUAUUUCCAAGAAUAUUUGUACCUCUUGCUGUUGUAAUUGGCAUGAAAUACUCUGACAUUAAAUGCUCUUUUACCUUUGUUUUGAAAUCAUACCAGAAAAAAAUGUCAAGAGCAAAUGCUGAGGUAAGAAUUUAAUAUCGAGGAAGAAAUAAUGUCUGAUUUUAGGAGUGCUUGUACUGGAUGUGUGAUAAAGUCCUAAGUAUCAGAAUAUAAUGACUUAUGAGACUUGUUUUGACUUAACAGUGUCUCUCUCCCUUCUUUACUAUCACUGUUUGUGAACAGAGUGGAAUGAGUGCAUACAGAUUACUUCAUAAGGGUAUGCUUACAACGCAGUUUGCAGAAGUAUGCUCUUCCUGGAUUGCUUGUAUGGUAUCAUUAAAGAGCAAUGGACAUUGUUACAUACCACACAGAACAGGAAACAUUUCCUUUCUAUUAAAAUAAAUAAUGUAUUGAUUCUGUUUGACAUACAGAUUAAAUGACUCAUUGCAAAUGUUGGGAGAAGGAGCUUUGUUUACAGUAUGGCUGAGUGCUUAAAUGUGUACUUGUGAGUUAGAACAAUGUAUUAACACAAAGGGUCUUCCACUGCAAACUUGAAAUUGUUGGUUAGCAGAACCUGAGAUGUAUGUAUUCCCUUUGCAUCUCUUCUUUAAUGUAGUUCUAGAUUGAAAAUCCUAACAUUAUUUUAAACAGAAACACUGUUGGAUUAGGAAAAUGUGUAAGCCUAGAUCUAGUUUAUUAUAUUCUGUUUACUAAUCAGAAAUCAUAAAGGGUGUACAUUGUGUAGUUCAGUGGGGUGAGAGUAGCAAGAGGAAGUUCUGUAUAGCUAGAUAACUUUCUUCAAAUUACAUUCCAGAGGUGACUAUUGUAGGUAAAGA